GAGCAAAGACAGUCAGGGAGAGAGAUAGCGAGCGAGAGACGGCAAGGCACUUCGUCAAUUCACUUCACUCUCAGACCUCUCAAGAAGAACGCAUCACCUCUUAGCAGAUAUAGCCUACAACUUUCUGUUUUCCCAGGCUCGGAAAUAUCGGCAGGAAGAGGUCGGAUAAGACAAAAAUAAGGACAUAUCCUAGAAAAGAUGCAGUACUCGUAAAAAGGACAAAAUCUAAAGGUCUACGUGGUGUUCACAACGCGAGUAUUCAGUUCGGGCAGAUUACUGUAGGCAAAGUACUUCUCCGGGUCAGUCUGUGCUCGAUCGUUUUGGAUUUGUUAGGAAAGAAUCUUGUAGUUUUCUCAAAAUACUAAAUCAAAUGUACGCUGAUGAUAACAAGACGGGCGGACGGAUAUAAUAUUUGGACGAAGACCAGGGAGAACCCACAGACAAGACAGCAGCCUUUGUUAGACCUGUUAUAUUUGCAAUCGGAUCAAGGAUUGUGUGGAUUACAUUUAAGAAAAUCAGGACGAGUUUGGCUUUGAAUGGAUAUAUAUUCUGCCUGCAUUUUCCCAUGACUUUUCUACAAAGAAUUUACCAUUUUUACUGCAUGUUAUAGUUCAUUAUGCGUAAAUAAUAUAUUUCAGCAGUGUUUAUAUCAAACCAUUCUGUAGUAAUACCAUGAAUGAAUGUAGCAUUCAUUGUAUAGUUUCAAUUACCUAAAAUAUUUCCUAGAGUCUAGUGUGCUCCAACCCCAUAUGCUGCUGUUGCAUUUAAUUGUAUUUUACGCGUAGAUAUAUGAUUUAGAUAAAUAUUUUAAAUCUGAAUAUCUGUUUUUCCCUUAUUUAAAAUUAUUUUUGUUGCUACCCCAAUAAAUAGUUGCUUCUGUGCGAACGUGACCUAUCCGUACCGGUGUUUUUUUAUCGAAUCUUCAAGUUUCGUGGGAUUUGGUUUUAAAAUAAAAGACUGGCGUAUGCUAGAGAUUGUGUCUGCUGCUCCAAUCCCCCGUUUUUCAGUAAUAUUAUUUCAGGCUGCUUGUCAUUGCCUGGACUCGGAUCCCGGAUUCUUCAUGAUUUGCGGACAACAUGCUCGUUUUUUAGCCGGGAAACCCUCUUUUCGUCCCGCAUGUUCAGGACCAAACGAUCGGGGCUCGUCCGGCGACUCUGGAGGAGCCGUGCGCCCGUCGAGGGCGACGGGGAAACGGAUACUCGAACGCAUGGAUCCGGGGGCUGCUGCAUGGGGAAAUCGACUAAGGUUUCCAAAUCUAACCCUGGAACGGAGGCUGAAUUGAAAGCAUUGACCCAUUCGAUACUGAAAAAAAUCAAAGAGAAACAAUUAGAGGCGCUUUUGCAAGCGGUGGAGUCGAAGGGGGGUGCCAGGACUCCCUGUCUUCUCCUGCCGAGCAAAGUGGACUCCAAAUUGGGUCAGCACUCUUACACCCUCCCUCUGCUGCUCUACAAAGUGUUCAGGUGGCCGGAUCUCAGGCAUUCCUCGGAAUUAAAGAGGCUAUCUUGCUGUGAAUCUUAUGGGAAAAUUAACCCAGAACUUGUUUGCUGCAAUCCGCACCACAUGAGCAGGCUUUGUGAACUCGAGUCCCCCCCUCCUCCUUACUCCCGAUACCCCAUGGACUUUCUUAAACCACCUGAUUCUCCAGACUCUGUGCCUUCUUCCACUGAAACUGGGGGAACUAACUGCUCGGCCCCUGUGGGGCUCUCAGAUUCUCAAGCUCUUCAGGAGUCGGGGGAGCGAGCACACUGGUGUGUGGUGGCGUACUGGGAGGAGAAGACCCGCGUGGGACGCCUCUACUCGGUCCAGGAGCCUUCCCUGGACAUCUUCUAUGACCUACCUCAGGGGAACGGCUUCUGCCUCGGGCAGCUCAGCUCGGACAACAAGAGCCAGCUGGUGCAGAUGGUGCGCAGCAAGAUCGGCUACGGCAUCCAGCUAACGCGCGAGCGGGACGGAGUGUGGGUGUACAACCGCAGCUGCUACCCCAUCUUCAUCAAGUCAGCCACACUGGACAAUCCCGACUCGCGGACUUUACUGGUGCACAAGGUGUUCCCCGGAUUCUCCAUCAAGGCCUUCGACUACCAGAAGGCCGACAGCCUGCAGCGGCCCAACGACCACGAGUUCACGCAGCAGCCCCGGACGGGCUUCACUGUACAGAUCAGCUUCGUCAAGGGCUGGGGUCAGUGCUACACGAGACAGUUCAUCAGUAGCUGCCCCUGCUGGCUAGAAGUUAUCUUCAAUAACCGAUAGCAGCAGUCUUCUUCCUGCAGGGACUUGGACUUACCCCUGUUAUUUCCUGGUUGGAUUCUUUUCGAGAGCAGGGGUUCAGAAGUAAAUAGAGGCAAACCCAAUCAGCUGUUCAAUAAAUGACUAAAAAUUUAACUAAGUGAAACAAAAAAUUGAAAUGUAUUUUAUGUUAUAUAUAAAUAUAUUAUUACUUGUAAAUAUGAAGACGUUUUAUAUGCAUCAUUAUUUAUGUAUUGUGCAAUGUGUUGAUGAGAAAAAGAAAAUAAGAUGCACUUUGCCUAAUAUAAAUGCAAACAAAGAAAUGCCAAAAUUAAAAAUAAUACUAAAAUAAACACAGGAUUGGUGUUUUUUCUGUCGGUCCUGGCACCCGGUUGAAUGUUUGAUAAAGGAGUUGGUGUUCUAUUAAACUUUAAAAUUUAACUUUA